AUGAAACGCAUAUCAAUACUCUUGCUGCUCCUAUGCGGCCUCGUCGCCCUCGUCAGCGCAAACUCACCAACAUUCUGCAAAUGCACCUGCUUCAAAAACAGCACCAUCGUCGCCCUAGGCCCCCAACACGCAGACGGAGAACCACCAGGCAAUGCCCCAGCGUCCUCCCGCCGCGAUACCUCCUCUCCCGCACUCGAAUCUCCCCUCCAAAAGCGCGCCGCUUCCUCCUCCUGCUCGCAAUGCACAAAGGCCUUUUGCCUCAGCCGCGGCAUCGACUUCUGCCGCAACGCCAAAGACGAGGACGUCCAGACAAUGUGCUUCCAGCGCGACAGCAACAAGGACCGCGUCAUUGUGUGGGGGUUCCUGCUGGGCACGUCGGGAUUGCUGGGCUGGGCUGUUUUCAAGAGGGCGAAUGAGCUUAGGGAGGGGAAGAGGGCGGCUGAUGCUGCUGCUGCUUCUGGGAGGGGGGAUUAUAGCCAGCUUUCGCCUGCGAGGCCGGGUUGA